AAAGAAUUGAUAACUUAUGAAUAAAAACCUCAUCAUUUUGUAAAAGUUUUCCCUUGUUCGCAUGAUGUGUCAUUUUGGAAGAUCAUUUUAAUUGGUCCUGAAUAAACUCCUUAUUUAGGUUGGAGUAUAUAUUUUGUAUAUGAAAUUUCCUUAAGAAUAUCCAAUUCAACCACCUGAUCUAAGAUUUUUAACUUCAAUUUAUCAUUAUAAUAUAAACAUUCAAGGUAGAAUUUGUCAUAGUAUUUGGGGUAGAAAUUAUACACCUGAUACAAGAGUUCUUUAAAUCUUUGAAGUCAUUUAUGGUAUUUAUAAAUAAAAUUUUUAGGUCUUCUUAUGACUCCUGAACCAGAUGAUCCAUUAGAUACAACCAUAGCUUCAGAAUAUAUGCAAGACUUAAAAAUUUAUUAAUAAAAAGCAACCAUUCACACUCUUUAAUAUGCCAAGAGACCAAUGGAUGAAGUAUUGAAAGAAAUUCUAGGAAAUGUAGUUGAGGAAAUCUCCUUAAGUGACAUUGAAUUACAGGAAAAAAUAAACGAAAUUCAUGUUUGGAUUAAUAAUUCCAGUAAACCAUAAUGA